GAGAGGGAGGCAUCCGCAGUCUGCUACUGUCAGCAGUGGUGCAGUACUGUGUUGUUCUGCAUAGUUACAGUUUAACUACAUUAUUUUGUUGCACUUUGGCUACCAUGACAGUUUAUAGCAGGCGGAGUGAGGAUCGAGUCAGUGAGUGACAUAGCCAGUGAUGGGGACAAACAGCCAGAGCCCAACCAUCAUGAAAACUGAAGAUGACAACCCAGACCCUGCUCAGUUCAGCGAUGACACUGCAGCCUGCAUUGUCUCUGUGAAAGGCUUAAAGGAGAACUGGCAGAAAUGGUCCGAUGAGCGCCGAGAGUACCAGAAGCACAACCCCUUCAGUCACGACAGCAGGCCCACUGUGGUGGUCCCUCAGAAGGGGCAGGAUGACUACGGGAGGCCCCUGCAGGGGUCUAUGACAGAGCAGCGGGGGAAGGAUGCUCACACACACAUCAGCAGAGAGGUCGAGGAGCUGUGUGAGGUGAUAAGGAACAUUGGAGAGCCUAGAGGCAAAGAUGGGGAUGGAAGCGGCAGCGAUGGGAAAGUGGUCACUGUGGAAUUUGGGAAACUGUUUGAGCAUUAUGUGACGAUCUCUAACAAGCUGGUGGGGAUUCUGCUGCGAGCAAGGAAGCAGAGGCUGGUUGACUUUGAGGGGGAGAUGCUGUGGCAGGGGAAGGAUGACCAUGUAGUUAUCAUGCUGUUGCAGUGAUCUGAAACUUGGAUUAGUGUUUAUGCCUUGAUUCAUGUUACAUGCAGUAUAGAGUUACUUCGUGGCAGCAUUCAUCGUGGUAUUCAGACAGCAGGGGGAUUGCACUGGUUUAAUCACAUAAUGGCACUCUUAUUAAGAAAAAAUAGCUCUUUUUCUUGCUCACACAAGUAAAAACUUCAGUGGCUGAUAAUUCAUACCACAUCCCAGAGGAGUGUGCAUGUGGCAUAAUAAUGCAUUUGUUCCUUGUGUUAAAAACACUGUCCAUAGUAGAUACAUGCAGGUAGUAAAAGUAAUGUAAAAACGUUAAAGAAAUGGAAUGACAGUUACAAAUUUGGGUCUUACUGUAAGCAGUAACAGAGCUCAUCAGCAUGUUGAUACGUUAUUUUUCAAAGCAAGCAAUAGCACUCAAAAAAGGUACCUAAAAUGAAGGUGCAUCAGUCAAAUAAUAAAAUGUCAGGGGGAGUAAAUUAAUGAGAUAAAUGAAGAGAAACAUUGGUUGUAUGCUACCUCAUGUGUUUCCUGUGGUGGGUGAUUUAGUACUUCAAAAAUAGUCAAUUUUAGUCGUAUAAUCCCGUUCACUAUAUUUCCCUCACUAGUUUUUUUAAGUGGAGUGAGCAGCUGAAAUGAAGUCAGAGUGGUUAAUGAGUCUGAACCAAAGCCAAAGAGAACAUGAGGCAGCCUGUGACAGACAAUAUGGUGCUAUAGGAUGAACUUGAUCCGACUUGGCUUGGGUGCUUCAGAGCAUGUAUUUAUUACAUGUGUGCUUUGUAAUUUAGCUAACCUUGUUACAGUUUGAAACUACAUGUAUGUAUACCUGCACCACACUUAAAUGAAAGAGAACUACACUGUAAACUAUGCACUGACUGAUACAUGCCAAAGUAUCUGCUGCUAUUAAAAGUAAUGUCCAAGCAUACUAGUCGACCUUCUUUAGCAUAAGGCACUAGUAGAUUGAUUAAUUAGCAAUUACUGCUUAUGGUAUUAUAAAAAGAAAAAACUAACAGGA